ACAGAUACCUGGCAUAUCGCUCGCGUCGCGCCAGUACAUAUUUUUAACUCACAAAGUGUACACGUAUCAUACGCGAUUAAACGCCGCUGUAUUUUUAUAACUGAACGCAAAAAAUAAACAUCUCGUUUGAUUGAUAAGAAAUCGGAUUUUGGUGUUGAAAUGGCUAAGAAACUGCAAAUGUGUGGGACUGAGGAGGAGAUGCGGGAAGUCGCAGCCAGGAUCUGCAGGAACUACCUCCACGGGGCCUGGAAGAGUGUGGACGCAGCUCAGCUGGACUUCAGAAGGAUCAGCGGAGGCCUAUCCAACUUCCUCUACUACGUGGCUCUCCCAGAAGACACCUCGAUGCUCAAGUUCACUCAACGAGAGAGCUCUCCCGAAGACGAGAACCCUGACUCCGUGACGUCACUGUCCAGAGGCAUCAUCAAGAAGGGCAUGAAUAGGUGCAACUCUUUCGUCAUUGAGGAGCCUAAGAAGGUCCUCCUCAGGAUAUACGGCCAGGUCCACGGGGAAAGAGCAAUGGACGCCAUAGUGACGGAGUCUGUUAUAUUCACCCUGCUAUCGGAGAGGCGAUUGGGCCCGAAGCUGCAUGGAGUUUUCUCUGGAGGAAGGAUCGAGGAGUAUAUACCGGCGCGCGCUCUCCUCACAAAAGAGCUAGCGGAACCGUCCCUCUCAAUGAAGAUCGCGGAGAAAAUGGCCGCCAUUCACUCUAUGGACGUGCCGCUGUCCAAGGAGCCCAACUGGCUGUGGAAGACCAUGGCCAAGUGGCUCAAGACCGUCCGCGACGAGCGGCUGUCGAGCACCGCCAACACGCAGAAGCAGAACGAAGAAGAACAACGGAUAAUCAAGCGGCUGAGAGGCAUCGACUUUGAGAAGGAAAUCGAAUGGGUGAAGAAGUUCAUAGCGACGGUCGAAUCGCCAGUCGUCUUCUGCCACAACGACCUGCAAGAAGGAAACAUCCUGCUUCUAGAAGAUGUAAUAACCGUCUCGGACGACGAAGUAUCAUCCGUAUACGUCCAAACUUACGACACGGACGCGCCAAAAUCCGACAAAGAGAACAACCAUACUCACUCCGACACCGACUUACGCUUGACCGAAAACAUAGGCUCGGCCGAAAACAUACGCUCGGCCGAAAGCCUCCGCUCGGGCGAAAAACUCCGCUCGGCCGAAAAACGCUCGCAUGACAGCAUAAGAACGGACAAACGUAUCAGUGCGGUCGAACCGUUGUCUACGUAUGAAGACGCGAAUACAUCUGAUAGCAUUUUGAGCCAUAUUUCAGACUCAGGAGAGCCCAGAUUGGUGCUGAUCGAUUUUGAGUACUGCGCGUACAAUUACAGAGGUUUCGACAUAGCGAACCAUUUUCAAGAGUGGGGGUAUGAUUAUACAAACCCAGAGCACCCGUUUUACUUUGAAAAUCAGGAGAAUUGCCCGACGCUAGAACAAAAGGAAAUAUUCAUCAAGGAAUAUCUGAAGCACUACCACAUGAACAUUUCUGAAGAUAAGGAGCCGCCUGCAGCUACCAUAGACGAGAUAAACCAUCUGCUCAACGAAGUGGAUGCCUUCGCGCUGGCCAGCCACCUGUUCUGGUGUCUAUGGUCUGUGGUCAACGCUUCGAAGAGUCAGAUACCUUUCGGAUAUUGGGAAUACGCGCUCUCCAGGCUAGAGACAUACCUCCGCCUAAAGCAAGAGGUCGUGAAGAAGGACAAGUUCGGUUUCCCUCAGAAGAGGAAAAUAUGCGAAGUGGACAUAUGAGAGGGAUUCGCCGCGCUAACUGUAAGCCAUCCCGCUCUGUCGCAGAACGAGUGAGCGAGACAAGUGCAUGCUUAGUUGAGCGGCCGAAGGAUUUGUAGCGUUGAAUUUAGAAUGUUUUAGUAUUUUUGACGCAGUCAAUUAAUUAAGUGUUGAUUACAAGUAUUAAAUUGCAGGCUGAUUUGCUUUUAAAUAGUUUAGGGUGUCAGUGUUGUAGCCUAUUUUAUACCUUACCGCUUUGGGUUAAGGUCGAAUUCACUUGCCCGUAAAAUGGUUUAGUUACUUUCACGCUACAAACGCUUCUGCUAUACUAAAGCUAAGGCUGCUAAAGACUGACAUUUAUCACAAAUGCAUAAAAUUAUAUAUUUUAGUUGUUAUAUUGGCUGUUACUAUUGUUAUACUUGUUGUGUAACAAUUCUAUAUUUAAACAUAUUACAUUCCUCUCAUAUUUUGUUACCUAUUUAUAUUGUUAUAUUCACACAUAUUGAUUUCAUUACCUUUAUUUAUUAAACUUCAUUAUUAUAUGAGCCAUACUGAUAUAAAUAUACAUAUUAUAUGUAUACAAUAUAAUUUAAAUAUGCAUUUUUGAUAUUUGUUGCGUUAAAAUACAAUCUCAGCUCAAAAAAUACCAAAAUAUAAUUAUGUCCUCAUUAUAAUUGUAAAUAAUAUCUUCUCAAUCGUAAAAUGGAGUGUUGAACAUUAUUUAUAUGUAGAAAAAUAGGUGUGAAGUGAUACGAAAAACUUAUAAAAAUAUGUGACCUUUUUACACUUUUUAUUGAUGACAAAUUUGAUUAUUGAAUAAUAUAAUCGAUUAUGUGAAUCUUUCCAAAGAAAAUCCUUUCGCAAUCUACAAUCAUGGAACUUGUAACUUAAAAACCACAUUUUAUAUAAUUAUUGUGUGGUUUUGUACUUAAUAUAUUAAAUUACGUACUUCAAAACAUUACAACUUUAGUUUGAAAAUUCUCAACUUAAUGGUAUUUUUAUACCUCUAUUAUUAAUAAUAAAAUAUUGUAAAUUGAACUAAAAUUAAGAGAUUUUUAUUUCUGGCAACAAAAGAUAUCAAGUGGCUAAAAUGGCCGAUUUUAACAUGUUAACAAAUACUGAAUACGUCUUCGAUAAGUGUACAACUUAAAAUAUAUACAACUUUAGGAUUACUGACGGUAUAUAUUAACUUCAAUCGAUAAUAUCAACAUGGAAUAUCCAGUUUUACCAACAUUUCAGGGGCUACUUCCUACAAAGUUAUCUAGUUUCAUAUGUAUUCAUCUCUCUCACGCACAGCGAGAUGUCAGCUGGAGUGACAGUGAGAGAAAGGCCCACAGAUAUCUUGUUGUUAUCAAUCGAAGUCUUAACCCUUAAUAUAGGGAACGAUGUGAUCUUUAGAUAUAAGUUAGGGUAAAUGAUUUAAAGAAACUCUGAAAUUGCUGUCUUUAUAAUAAAACUUACUAUAAAUUCGAUUUACUCGAGGCCUGUAAAAUGGCAGAAUAAAAAAAAUGUACAUAAUAAAAAAU